AUGAAAUUGCUUGGUUCUAUACCAAUAGUGCCACGCGGGCUGUCGUCGAUUGUCGUGCAAGCUCUCAAACUUUGGGACUGUGUCAAAUUUGUACGACUUCAUAUGCUCGAUGGCGAGCUGAGGCCAACUCCACAGUUCUGUGAUAUUUUCAGAUUACUUAUGAGUCUCAAGUGCGGUGUUACAUUACGUGACUGGUGUGACAGGAUGGCACCUCGACGUUAUAAUGUUGAUGAACGUCGCCUUGUGCAGUUUGGUAUGCACCAUCAAUUUCUUAGAAAACUAUCAACCUAUCCUAUAUCCACACUUGCGCCAAGUGAUGUGGGACGUUCUGGGAAGUAA